AAAUUUUUUGGUAUUCCGUUUUUCGACAGACCAAAGCAGAUCAGCGUCUGCGGCAUACACAGAGCCACCAGCGGAUUGUAAGAGAGAGGUGCUGCGGGAGAAAGAGGCGCGAGAGAACGCCCUGCUAGAGGAGGCCAAGUGUGAGUUCGAGGAGGCGGAGAACGACACGCGGUUGCAUUUGCAGCGCAACGAGGUGGAACUGGAGAUCACACGGCAGCGGAACGAGGAGCUAGAGUUCAGCAAGGACGCAUUGGGGGCCAAGUACAAGGACUUCCGCGCCGAUUGCCUGAUACUGAGAGCGGAUUUGGGUGCAGCGGAGACGCAAUUGGAGCAUCUGCACGAGGAGCGUCAGCGAACGAAGCGACAAUUGGAGGCACUGCGUCGAUCUCUGCCACUGCUGUUGAUCUGUCGCCUGUUGGCUCUGGCCUAAAUGGGCAACGACAUAUUCACCGCUAGUCCCAGUGCCCGCCUCUACUCCGGACAGUGUGCUGAUAUCGAUGCCAAACCCGAGGACACACUCAAACAGAGCGAGAGUCCACGGCAUAGCUGUGACGCGCGGGAGGUCAGCUUCCUGCGGGAAGAGGUCAAGGUGCUGCGCAGCCAGCUGAAGGAUCUCGACGCACGCCACUACGAGGCCAUGGAGUCGGCCGACUCGGUCUGGGCUGAACAGGAGCAGGAGCGCAAGGAUUCGCAUGCGGCAGCGGGCCUGAAGACCUGCCUGGUGCGACUGACCAAAGAAGUUCACGAUCUGCUCGAGGCCCAGGAGCAGCUGGAGGUGGAGCAACAGAUGGCCCUGGAGAACGAGAAGCGACGCUGCCAGGCGCUGAUCGAUGAACUCAGUUUCGCCAAGAAGCUGCAGGCGAGCACCGAGGAGGCGCUGAAGCAGGAGGCCGAAGCUCUGCGCAGCCAAAUGUACGAUCUGCGCAAGAGCUUCAUGCACAACGAAGUCACCAAUGGGGAGCUCAAAGAGGAGGUGGGCACGCUGGAGAACAAGAUCCGGCAGAUGGAGUCGCAAUUGAAGGAGUCCGAGGAGCGUGCCCGCUGCCUGGAGGAUGAGCUGCGCACCAAGGAUAAGCUGUGCCAGCGCAUGGAGCGUGAAAUUGGAGUCUUCCCGGAGGGCUUUAGUCUCGCCCACGAGCUCUACGACAGUCCGGCCAAGCGGGCCAAACGAGAGGAGAUCAAGGAUUUGCAGUCCGCAAGCCUUCAACUGGGCUGUGUUCUGCGCGACAUUGAGCGGCAGAGCGUGGCAAAUAUUCCCCCACACAAGGAUUUCCAGUUGAUAGCAUGCAGCGUGAAGCAGCUGGCGGACCAAAUACUCGCAGCCAAGAAUCCGCCCGAGGUGAGUACCAUGUUUUCCUGCCCCUCCAAUGAGACGCUCACUGCAGCAGAAGAAGCAGUGGUUGAAGGUGAUCUGCGCGGUGUGGGUGGAGCAGCUGUGGGUCAAGUGUCCAGCCACGGGUCUGCCAAAACGCUGCCAGCACUACGCAGAUAUCGACGUUUGCAUGCUGCUGCUAAUCCGAGCAAGACCAAGGAUAGAUCAGAGCAGAUCAGCGAGGCUCUCGACAGUCCCAAUGGGUUGCUUCUUGUUGGCACGGAGCUUCUCGGCGAGCCUCCUGUGUCCAUGGAGACUCUCUGCGAGUUUCCUGCCCCAGCAUUCAACGAGGUUCCUGGCUUAACCAUGGAAUCAUUCUUCGUCGCUGAUGACAUGGAGCAGCCAGAGAUGGAGCAUAUACAGCAACUCGAUUCGAGGCAACGCAAGCGGACGAUGCCCAAAUGUACCGACAUCUGUAGCCGCAUCUAUCGCGGCCGAGUGCGCCGCCGUGCGCUGCAGCGGAGUCUGUCGAGCAACAGCUUCUACUCGAUGGCUUCCCUUCACACCGUCCACUCGGAUACAUCGAUGCUUUCCUUCCGUUCGCAGCAUGCGAGUUUGGAGGCAGCGCCAACUGCCACGGCAGACUACGUGUCCUUUGUCCAAACGGAGUCAAUAUCCACUUGCGUCCAGGCGGUGCAGACCGAGCUCGAGACCUCAGAGUGUUACACUCAAUGUGACCGUGUGGAUGUGGAGCAGCGUCUGCUGCUGCUGCCGGAUCGGACGCGCCGAUUUGUGGAGCUGCUGCAGUGCGAGGCGGAGGAUGUGCAACGCUUCAGGGCCAGUCUGCUACAAAUGUGGGAGAGCAGCGAGUCCUUUCGCGAACACAUCGAACUGGUGCAGGAUCUGUACUGGGCACAGCUGCCGCCACCCGUGGAAAGCUUGGAGGUAUUUGCCAGUGCGAUGGGAGCUGUGCGCGACUUGGCAGCGACCAUGCAGCCGAAGUCUUCAUUUACGCUGAAAAAGAUCGAGCAGCGUUUCAACGAUCGCGUGCUGCACUUGCACUGCGAGAUGGCGAAGAAAACCGAGCCGGAAAAUCCGGUAAAGGCGAUGCAGCAAAUGGGUCUGGUCUUCACGCAUGUUGCACGACUAAAUCCUUUAUUCGAGUUAUUGGAGCUGCUGAUUCGUUUGUCUAUCGGUGCGGCUAUCGAUUCCUUUCGUUUGUCUAUCGGUACGCUUAUAGUUGGGUGGGGUGGCCUAGAGUUUACUUUCGCUCUUCCCUGAUCAGUGUGCGUGCGC